AUGUCGGACUCCCCCCAAUCUCCUCCCAAGGAUGUCGACCAAGGUGUACAAUCACCGGAAGAGGAACAAAUGAACGAGGCUCAAGACCCACAGUCCGGUGGACUCACCUAUGAGUUCGAGGUCAAGGAGCAGGACCGCUGGUUGCCCAUAGCCAAUGUCGCCCGCAUCAUGAAGAAUGCGCUCCCUGAAAACGCAAAGAUCGCCAAGGAAGCGAAAGAAUGCAUGCAGGAAUGCGUCAGCGAGUUCAUCUCGUUCAUCACGAGUGAGGCCUCGGAGAAGUGUCAUCAGGAGAAGAGAAAGACGGUUAACGGAGAAGACAUUCUAUUCGCCAUGACUUCUUUGGGGUUCGAGAAUUACGCAGAGGCCCUCAAGAUCUACCUCUCGAAAUACAGAGAACAGCAAUCCCAGUCCAACAGGGGAGAAACCUCCCACCGUCCAGGCAGCAGUGGCUACGGCGCCAACCCGCCAACCGGAGCAGGAAGUUUCCAAGCCGAGCCACAAAACAGCGUCCUCGGAGGCCAGCAAGGAGAUGGCACCGCCGACGCUCAGGGCUACAUGUACGGCGCGCAGACAGGGCACAAUGGUACCGGCGGUGCCGACGGCUACCAGUAA